AGGAAUAUGCCAAAGCAACAGCGUGGUCUUGCCUCAAGGAGAAACCUCGAGAGGCUCAAGCUGGAAUUGAGCAGCAUCAAACAAGGAGUUCAGUCUUACGAACUGGUGCAGGGAAAUAAUGCAACUUGGGGAUUUCUUAGAUAUGGUAUUGGGGAGGAACAUCACCAAACCGAACCAGAUCAUGGUGCUGAGUUUAAUAAAGGAAAUUGUUCAGUGGUGAAUUACACAGAUGAGGAAACAGUGGUUGACAUGAAAUUUCCUGCAAGAGGAAGCAAAGUUGAAGUAGUGCCUGAUCCACUUUUGGCACAGUUUAUCCCCAAUGUGUCUGCUCCAAAAUCCAGUGAUAUCCACGGUGGUGAAGGUUUCUCCAGCAAUGUCUCAGAUGUUUCCAAUGUAAGAGGGAUUGAAGUGAAGUUGCAGCAGGCACAUCAACGUGAUAUUUGAGUCUUGGCUUGGAUGAGAUAGAGAAGAAGAUUCAACGUUCAUUAGAUGACUUAAGAUUCUAUGUUUCUGGUUUUCUGUUUAGAUUAAUUUAAUUUCGUGAUGUCAUUUG